CGUAUAGACGCCAUCACGCAACACGUCUACGUCAUUUUUUUGCGACAAAUAGAUCCACCUGAAAAUGAGUUAACAUUGGAGCACACGUGCCUUAUGCUCAGUCCCAAAACAUGAAACUAGGUGAAUAUAUGUUUCUUACCUUUAGGACAGAUACCGCAGCAAGAUGGCGAACCCCGAGGCCACGGCAAGAGACCAAGUCCCAAUGUCGAAGUCCAUGCAGACGUUUAAGAGCUGCUGGAGCUGUCGACUCAUCGGCGGCGGUGGCUUGAUCGUGUCCGGGAUGUAUGUGUUCAACGCCGCCCGCAGGGUGAUGCGUCUCGGCGGGCCGACCUCCAUGGGGACGAUCGCCCAGAUUACUUUCGCUGCAGGUUUGGCCGCGUGGGGAGUGGUUGUCAUCAUUGACCCUGUGGGGAAAGCGAAAAAGGAGUCGUGAAGUGAGGAAGACGACAUGGAGACACUUCCAAACUCAAAAUUGUUGUUGUAGAUACAAAUAUUUGUUGAGAUAAAGGCAAUCACUUUACAUGA